AAACGUAAAAUAGGCCCACAGAAAUCUGCAGUGAACCACAAGUAAUGACGUGUACCAACCCCCCCCCCCUUUGAUGUAAAUUGAAAACGCUGGAAUCUGUACAGGCAAUUAUUUCACCUCCGACACGUAGAUCCCAACUGAGUGCAGGAUUACGAUCAGAGAAAGGGCGUAUUUUCUGGAGACGACGCUCGACGGAGAGCUAGCCAACAUGGCUACCGGUAGUCUGUACACAGAUGCAGCAUCAUAUGAAAUGCUGAAUGCCACAGAGCCCGUACCAACCCCCCACCCAGGAUGUGCCAGCGAAAGCAUUAGGAUCGAUUACUGGGUCUGGGUAACUUCUCCAAUAUCGGUGGCAAUUAUUUUGCUAGUUUCAUUGCUGGAAGAAAGGGUUAGCCUUUGGCCUAACUGCUGUUUUCAGAGACCCGGAAUUCCAUACCCAGUGAAUUUAGUGGACUCUUACGACAGUCGCUGGUCUUUCGCCAGUGGCUUCUCCGUCAUGUCAACCAGUGUUCUGCAGCUAUUCAUGGGGAAAUGGAUCUUUUCACCCAAUCUCUCCCAUAUCCACAACAUGCUCCGAGGCACCGUGCGAAUAUUCGUGGGCUUGGCCAAUGUCUUAUUGAUCUCUUUGGUAUUCUUCCCGAUCCUGCUGUGCCUAAGAAUCAGACCCAUGCACCCCAUCAUCGGAAAUGUUAUCGGUGUGAUGUACACCAGUAUCUGGCUUUCUUACAAUCUCAUGAUAAUUGUCUUCUGUGAAAAGGGUGAAGGGCUUACGAAAAAUACGACGAUUGCGUUGACUGUGCCCGUGUACAUAAGCUACAGCUUUCUGAACAUCGAUUUUACCAUUGAACUUUUAAAGGCAAUACGGAGAAAGCUCUGCAAACCGAAGAAUGUCACUGCCCAGGCAGAGGAAGAGGACUACUUUAAGAAGACGCAUUACUACGAACGGGUGAAAUUUCUUUUAAGUCCUCCGGAAAAGGAAGAAAGCAAACGACUAUUGGAUCGUGUCAUCAGGAAAAUAUGGAUCCACGCACCUGGUUUCCGAUAUUCAACGCGCAGCAUCUGCACUAGCGUGUUAGCUACCAUCACAACAUACCAGGUGGGCCUUCUGUAUAUCACACUCGUCAAUGCAUUAUGGGCCUUUCCAGAUCAGCUUCUAAGUGAGGAUGGUUUGCUGUACAAGGCGUUUUCCCUCGUCAACGCGACCAGUUACGUGACUGAGGCCAGAAUGUUCUUCAAUAUUGCCGAAGACACGUUUUGGAUCGCAUGUUACUUUGCCAUCGCGUUAGCCGUGCUGUAUAACAUCCACGUUCAAAUAUGUUACAGGGAGCACACGCUCUUGCUAUGGAGAGGAGUUCGCGAUUUUUGUCCCAAGGAGAAGUUCAGUUUACCUGCCCUUGUCGUGGCGAAUCUCCGUUUUUCCGGUUAUACAGUUGCAUUUUCCGCAUGGGGUUUUUUGAUUAACCAAGUUGUCUCCUGGCUGCUGAUGUUUUUCGUCGGAUAUUUCGUCAUCUAUCAACUGAAAGUGGUUGGUGAUGAGUUGACGUGGCCCCUGUCAUUUCUCGAAGGAUAUUGGCUCACCUUCGUCGUGGGGUUCCUUUUCUACUACGUCCAGGUCGCCCUGGCCCACAUAAUCUUUCUACAGAAAGAAAAGGAGAAAAAGCGUGAGAAGGUGCACUUGAGCCUGGACAACAGACGGCUGUUUCAUUUGACGGUGUACAUCACCCUUUUUCUGAAUGUCAUCGUGGGGCUGGUGUCCUGCCUCAUGCGAAUCAUCAAAGCGGUCUUCUUCGGUGUCCUCUUCAUUGGCAGAAUUGAUAAGUGCACCUUGAUGAGGGGCUGGGAGCUAUGGGACCCUGGUUUCAAGGCCUACUUGGGCUUUCUGCAGCUGGAGGUGGCCCACACCCACCCAGUUCUUAUUACAUUUUGUCAUUUCCUGUGGAAGUCCGUCGGCAAAGACACGAGGGAGAAGAAGUUGCCGCUUGUUUUCUGGAAACGGAAGCCCGGAAAGAAAACGGGCGUGUGGGACAACAAUGAGUUGAGUCAGGUAACCAGCUCCGGUCGUCCCCGGAAGAAACUGUGGCCUCGCAACAAGUGGUUCGUGGCUUUGACUCUGAUGCGGAAUCGGGCGCUCACCGUGGACCGAAUGAGGAUUGCGCCCGAGCUCCAGCUGGUCAAAGAGCAGCUGGAACGAGAAAGGCUGGAAGCACAGCUGAGAGAGAAUGAGAAAACUGAAACAAGGGAGCUGCCGAUGGAUGAACACGAUCCCGAAAGUGCCACCGCAGAAGAGCGAUCAACGCCGACGGGUAAAAUCGGCACCAGCUCGCCCAUCGUUGCUCCGCUCACAGGAAGCAUACCGAAUCAAAGCUCGACCGAGGCCGAGGUGUCGCGGGAUUCGGACACUGCGACUCCGGAGCCAGGCCGGCCAGCUACGCAGCUGAGCAUGGUGGCCUGGGAUGUGCCACAGGACUUGCUCAAAUCCAGUCAAGAUUCUGCGGUAGUCUGACAUCAAUCGUUCUUGUAUAUGAAAAACGUGUGCCAAUAUAAGUGCUGCUCUGUGUUACAAAAGCUCCCUUUCUCAAACCCUGUCAAGUUUUUCUAACUUUGAAGUGGUUACUAUUUGCAACCAAACGAAAUAAUCCGACUGAAAUUUUCUUUCUUUUUUACUUUAUUUAAAUACAUUCGAUAUUAUCUCCUCUGUAAAUAGAAAGCUGUGAGUAAGCUGAAAACUGUAAACAUUGUGAGUUUUUAUGAAAUAUUUAAAAUACAUCCUCGUAGCUCAUUUGCCAUUCUCGACUAGCACCCGUAUAUUUUGUCUGGGUCAACUUUAGUUUAGGCUGGUAAAGAUUUCCGUGGGGGAAAAUUAUAAGGCCAAAAAGGGUCAAAGUCAUAUAGCUUCGUAAGAACAAAAAGACGAGAUCGAUUUCGUCCGCUGAGAUCAGUCUUCUGGUUUUCGUUUAUUUGUUGAUCGGUAUACAAAUAUUGACUGCUUUUAGUGGUGUAGAAUUAGCCUCUCGAGGUGAUCCACGGAGCAUCUCAUUUUCCCAAGGCUUCCAUCGACAGAUAAAGCAUUCAAUUUUUGUGUUAUAACACCUGCCCUACUGAUUUUUAAGCGAUUACUGAUUAAUUUGAUCUCAGUGCGCAUAAAAAGUCUGUUUUUUUAAUGAGAAAGUAGUUGAAAAUUUACAAGCACUUUUCAAACUUCCUCUUUUCGAAAUGUUAGAACCCAGCUGUAAAGCGCGCGCACAUCACGUCAGUCGUACCCCUAUUUGACCUAUCUCAGUUUUUGACAUUUCGAGAAAAACGCGUUUGAAAUUGGGUCCGUUUUGGAUCUUUCAUUUCCCUCACUAUACUAACUUUUAUUGAAACAGAAUUCGUAUUUUAAUAAAGUAAGAUAGUUAAAUCAAUAUAUGAGAUAUUUGGUUGGGCAAAAAUGUUAAGUAUUAGGUCAAAAUGGGGCGCCAAAACCAUAUAUGUCACUUUGUUAAAGUUUUAUUGUCAUAUUUAAUGAGCGCAAACAGCGACCUAUCCAGAUGGGUCACUUCGUGGAACGAAACAUUGUUAUUUCUCCGUGGAUGACAGCGACCUAUGUCGUUUGCGCAUGCGGUUCGUUUAAAAUUCCCUCACUGUGUUUUGUUUAUAUUUUUUCGAUUAGAAAGGUCCUACAUAGUAAAACUUUGCAAAAGCUGAAGUAAAGUAGAAGGGACUUGUGCAAGA